GGCCCAACUGUAACCAAUGAUGGUCGACUGAAUGUUGAGCCGAUUGUAGCACCGCGCUACGGCAUUCUGCUCAAUGACAGAUUGAAACAAACACGUAGUAUGGAUACCUACAUGUACAAAAUGUAUAAUUGUACAUCGUGGUUUAUUUGUGGCUUAACUGCGUAGUUUUAUAAAGUGUCAUUGAAUUUAGACUCGGAAUGGCGGAUAAACAAGCUGUUAGUGAUUCACAGUGCGUGAGAGUUUUGGCAGAGGAAGAUGUAACAUCUCGAAUUUUAGAACGUAAAUCCUCUGAAGGAGGAUUUGUUGAUAAUGAGAAAGAUACUGAAAAACGGAAAAUGAGGGAACCUUCUGUCGAAAGUGAAGCUAGACUCAAACGACAAAUUAAAAAAGAUGACAGUGGUAUAUCUGUCGAAAAGUCUGAAAAUAGUUCCGAAGAAGAUGCUUCUAAAAGGUCAAAAAGGACCGACGAUCAGAUUGGGGAAGGCGAGUGUCGGACUCGUACAGAGGAAGAGGUCCAGUUCCCAAAAUUAAAACUCAAAUCAAAAAAUAGAAAUUAUAGAUCCAAAACAUCAGGCAACAAUGGUAGUUCUGAUGAAGAUGCUGGAGAUGUUAAUGAAACUGAAGGAGAAGAGAAAGAGAUGAAAGGGAAAGGUGGUAAAAGUAGUCCAGAUUCCGGUCAUUUAGAAAAUGGAUCUGCAGUUGAAGAUGUAGAAAUGGAAGAAACCGCAGAUCAUUCUAACGAUGAGCCAGAAUCACAUAGUAAACCCUUUCAUCCAUUAGACAGUGAUGAAUCAAACGAUUCUUCUGACAGUCAUUGUAAAAAACGUGAUGGUGGUGACAGUGAUUGGGAAGAUAUACCAAGUGUACUUUUAAAGCCAAAACCAAAACAUAAGUGGUUUGUGAUGCAGGAAGUAGUGAAUAGGCAAAGAGGUGUGACAACUCGCCAUCAGGGUCCUCAGUUAUUUCAACAGCGCUGUUAUGGAUCAUUGCAUGUUGUGCAACGACUUGAGCUCAUGUAUAAACUAGAAGCAUUUCAUGGAUGUGUAAAUGCAUUGCAUUUCAAUUCUUCUGGAACUCUUUUAGCUAGUGGAUCUGAUGAUUUGACCAUUGUGGUGUGGGAUUGGCCUUUGGGAAAAAUGGUUGUGAUGUAUGACAGUGGUCAUCGUAGUAAUGUGUUUCAGGUCAAAUUCCUACCAUUGACAGGUGAUACACACUUAGUGUCAUGCGGUCGAGAUGGUCAAAUUCGCAUGGCUGAAAUGUCUUCAACAGGGGUUUGUCGUUCUACACGGGUUUUGGGCAGUCAUCGAGGGCCAGCCCACAAGUUAUCGAUUUUACCAGAUACUCCUCAUGUUUUUCUAAGUUCAGGUGAAGAUGGACUUGUAAUGAGUGUGGAUGUACGUGUGCCUAAACCACAUAAAUUAGUUAAUGUUCAAGAAGAUGGACGCAAUAUAGCAUUGUAUAGUAUACAUUCAAAUCCACUUAACAAUAAUGAAUUUUGUGUCAGUGGACGUAAUAAUUACAUCCGAAUAUAUGAUAGAAGGAAAGUAUCCAGUCAUGAAGAACUGAAGAAAUUCUGCCCCAGUCACUUGAACUCCACAUCACAUUCAGCACAUGUCACAUGUGCUGUAUUUAAUUAUAAUGGUACUGAAGUUAUGGGAUCAUAUAAUGAUGAAGAUAUUUAUUUGUUUGAUGUUCGAAAUCCUAAUGGUUCGGAAUAUGUUCACAAAUACGAAGGUCAUAGGAACAGUGCUACUGUUAAAGGACUAAGCUUUUUUGGACCUCGAAGUGAAUUUGUUGUAUCAGGAUCAGACUGUGGUAAUAUUUAUUUUUGGGAUAAAAAUAGUGAGGCAAUUGUUCAGUGGAUGCCUGGUGAUGAGAAUGGUGUUAUUCCUGUUAUAGCAACUAGUGGUUUGGAUGAUGAUGUUAAAAUAUGGGUUCCUUCUUGUGAGCAAGAACCAAAAAUGGAAGGUCUGAAAUCGGCCAUUUUAUCAAAUCAAAAAGCCAGGGAAGAUGACAGACAACGAGAUCCUGAUGCCUUCGAUGGACAGAUGUUGUGGAUACUUUGGCGUCACUUACAGCGAACUGAACGUUUUUGGCAACAGGGAGGCUCCCGGAGAGAAGGAUCCACAUUUGCAAAUCGAGCCAAUGGGCAACGCAGUUCAUCUGGUUCAGGUGCCCCAGAAGAAAGUAGCAGCAGUGAUAGCACCAAUAGUUCUGAUGCAGAAGAUGAUGAUCACCGUAUUCAGUGUUCUCCUUCUUAAGUCCUUAGUUGUGUUGGUGCUGUGGGUUUCAGAGUGAUUGCACCUGUGACAGCUAAAGCCUUCACAGAUUUCUCUGUCCAUCACCCAGUGUUUAUUAUGUGUCAAAAUAAUAAAGUGACAGGUAUGUUGGUAUUGUGUGGGAAUAUUUGAAGAGAUUUUUUUAUUGUGGAAUUUUCUGCACAUUGUAUCUGCUUUGGAGAUAUUUAGCAGAUGUGAAGAUUAAGAUUUUUAUGAAAAAGGAUGGAAAUGCCACACCAAAAAUAAGUUAAAGAUUUGAGAAUCAGUCUCUAUUGUAGUUUUCUAACAUUAACAUUACAUGAAUUUUGUCUUCCUGUUCAUGAUUCAAUGUGCAGAUAUUUGUUUCUUUUCUGUUAUAUUAAUAUAGAUAUUUUGAUCCAAAAAAAUUGGUUUAAUUCGGUUUUUCAGUGUACACAUUCAGUGAUCUUUAUUUCCUGGUUUUCAAGUCCUUGAAAAACAGGUCACAAUUAUGUAAUGAAAUUUUGCAAUAUUUGGUUAAGUACUGUGGAAUAAAACUUUCCUGGAAAUGUUUAAUUUAGGAGGGGUGCAAGUUUUGGUCUCUCAUAAAAAAAUUUGGGGAACUAUAAAGUAUGUUGAGAAUUUAUUAAGUAAGAUAUACAGAGAUGCGAAAAACACAUAUUCAUACAAAAUGGGUGGUCACAAUUUCCUAGAUUUAAGUUAUUGUGUCAAACAUUCACAAUCACUAACAGUCUACACCUAGUGAAAAUAUAUUUUUCUGGAAGUAUUGUUUUAUACUUUGAUUCAUGGUAAACUUCUAGAGAGGAUAGUUACAUAUAAAGUUGAUCAAUGUUUUCAAUAGAACUUCAUCUGUAACUGACAAGCAAUUUAUUUACGUAGCCUUGUGUGAAAAUUUGUAUUGGAAAUUAACUGAAACUUGUUAGCUGAAAAGUUGUUAAGCAAUGUUCAAAAGAGUGAAGAGAGAGUGUUGUAUCAUAUUUCUUAUCUCUUAAAAUGUUUGUAUGGGAACAUACUAACCAGAUAAAUUAAAAUAUGCUGUGCAUAUUCAUAUUAUGAUAAUGUGAAGUGUCAUGUAGUACAUGAACCCACAUUUCCAACUUGAGAGAUGCUUUCUGAACAUAUUUAUUUGCUACAAGAAUAAAAACCUGUUUUUGAGUUAAAAUUAUAAUAGUUUCACAUUUAGGCCAUUGCUUGCACCCAAUAUCUUUGCAGAUUUUGUCUUUUAUUAAACAUUGCGUUUCUCAUUUAAAUAAUUGAAAAUUUGUGGAACAAGGUAUAUCAAUAGUUUCUAUUUUGUGAAUUGCCAUUAAAUGUAAUUCUUACCAUGAACUCUAGGUAAACUGAUACCUCUCUCCUUAUGAGUGUCAUACUAAGGUACUAAAAUUUGGCUAAAUGAGACCUAGAAAAAUUUCAGUUAUUGCUCUCCAUGCAGUGAACCAAAUUAUUAAUUUUUGGAGAAUGAGUAGAUUUCGUAAUAACGAACUGUUCUAGAAUGUGCCUAACAGGAGGAAAAUGCAAAUCCAUCACAUUUACAAAAGACUGUUGAUUACUCAAUUUUCAUUUCAUCACUCAACUUUCAGAUAUAAAGGAAGGUUGAUUAUUCACAGAAUGAUAUGAAUUCUUAUCGUAUGAUCUGAAAUAUACAACAAAGAUGUCUAUUCUAAAUAAAAGUGUAUGCUUUGAAUGAAAGCAAUAAGGUAUAUUUCAGGAAUGUAUAAAAACUUUUAUUUUAUGAACUCUGAAUCACAAAUUAUUCUAAGCCCUACCUUUGUAAUGGAAAUCAGAUAACUUCAUAUUUAAAACAUCAAACGUAAAAACUGUUAAUAAGUCUUAACGUGUCAAGAAUUUUGUUUUAUAUUAUUUGGUCUUUUGGUUCAGAUCUUUUCCUUAAAACAUUGCUUUGCGAUGGUUGUCUUGCCAAGAUAUUAAAACCAUUGUUUUCAAAUAAAUUUAUACAAAUGGUAAAAAAAAAAAAGUCAUGGCAAAUAUUUUUUCUUUAUUAUGUAAUGUCGGUGAGAUGGGAUUCAAUUUCUUGAAUGUAUUUGCCCCCCAGAGUCCACAUUCACUAUUCUAAAUAUGUUGCAUUAAUUUGUGACAAGUUUUCUGUUGUCACCUUGUUAAAAUGUAUUGUUCAUGUAUAUUUAUUGUUCACAUUAAAAGCAGUAGAAGUAAUAGUGGUGCUAUUUUCCCGUAAACUAAUA